AUGGUACCUGGUAUCGAUAUUUCUGUUAUGGCACAUUUAAAAAAAAAAGCGGAAAUCCUAACAGCUCAAAAUAAAAUCUGUGUUCUUUUGUUUGACGAAAUAGCCUUGAAAAAAAGACUAAUUUAUAAUGGUGCUACAGACGAAGUGGAUGGGUUUGAAGAUCUGGGCGGUCAAGGAGAACGUUCCGAGAAAAUUGCGAAUCAUGCUCUAGUUCUGAUGCUCCAAGGCAUUCAUAAGAAAAUAAAACAACCCAUCGCUCAUUAUUUCGUGAAGGGAACAAUUACUACUCAAAAAUUAGUAAUUAUUAUAAAGACUGCUAUUCGAGCUGUGACCGAGACUGGAUACAAGGUGUUAGCAACGGUAUGUGAUCAGGGACCCACAAAUGUGGGUGCGAUAAAUUUGCUCAAGAAGCUCAGUGGGGAACCUGUAGGAUCAAACUAUUUUUUGGUAGAUGAUGAAAAAGUGUUCAUUAUAUAUGACGUGCCCCAUCUAUUUAAGUCAUUACGAAAUAAUUUUCUCGAAGGUGGUUUGUUAAAAAUGAACAAUAAAACAGCGAAAUGGUCUCAUUUGGUAGAAUUGCAGGAAAAAAAUCAAAGUACGCUUCACUUCACGAAGAUCACAAAAUCACAUGUGAGCCCCAAAUAUAGGACGAAAAUGAAAGUAAAGCUAGCUGCCCAAAUAUUAAGUAACACUACAGCUGCAAUAUUAAAGUUACUAGCUGAAAGCGUUGAAAUUAAAGAAAAAAACAAAGAAAUUUUAGAAACGGCGCAUAUAGUUGAAGAUUUAGACAGAUUAUUUGACUGCACUAAUGGGCCAUCAUCUCACAAAGAUAUUAAAAAAGGAAUACGACAAAACGUUACAAAAAACAGUUACCACCAUGAAUGUUGGAUAGAAUAUAAAAAAAAAUUAAAGACUCUCCUAUUUCCUCAAAUCGAACAGCCAACUUAGGCUAAGGAAUGUCCGUUGUGUAAAUGGAUACAUCACAACUUUAUCCUCUUUGCAAGACAUAUGGAAAUAUGUGGAAUCCAAAAAUUUUAAUUAUUUGAAUUUGCG